AUUGUUUUUUUUUGAAAUAUUUAAUAUUGUGUUUUAGUAAAGGAGAAUACCACGACAACCAAAUGUUUAAAAGCAAAAAUCAUCAUCACUUCUCUAUUUCAAAACCACACCCGUUGGCACUCCGUCCUUUUCAUGUUCUCUCUUCUCUCAAGUCACCCCCAGCCUCUUCGCCGCCGCCUCACAACGGUACGCCGUAGCUGAACGGCGGCACCACAAUUCCGGCGGCCGCGAUCUUCUCCAUAGGACUCGAGCCCCUCGCUUUGCUUCUGUUCUAAAGAAUCAUCAUGAUUGGGUCUUUACUCACAAGAGGCCUCGUGAUGGUCUUUGGUUAUGCAUACCCAGCUUAUGAGUGUUUUAAGAUGCUUGAAGUAAACAAGCCUGAUAUCCAGCAACUUAGCUUUUGGUGCCAAUAUUGGAUUAUAGUCGCCACAAUGACUGUUUGUGAGAGAAUUGCUGAUUCUUUCAUAUCAUGGGUUCCAAUGUAUAGUGAAGCUAAGUUGGCAUUCUACAUAUACUUGUGGUUUCCCAAGACAAAGGGAACGACCUAUGUCUAUGAAUCAUUCUUCAAACCAUUGGUUCAAGAGCACCGAGAAGAGAUUGAUCGCAAUUUGGAAGAGUUGAAGGCUCGGGCUGGAGAUACAAUAUUUUCGUAUUGGCGUAAGGCUGCUGGCUAUGGAAAGACGAGAUUUUUGGAUAUACUAGCGUAUGUUGCUGCACAGUCAACUGCAUCGCCGCCCUCUGCACCGCCACGAAGGCAAGGCAGCAACAAGGUUACCCGGCCUGCUGCACCGCCGCUGAAAGAAAAAUCAAAAUCUGCGAAAGAGACGCAAACGGAAGAGCAACCAUCUUCUCCUCCUUCGAGCGAAUCAUCAAGCGAGCACGAAGAGGCACCUCCAACCACAGCUCAGCCUGCUGCCUCUUCCUUGAAUGCUCAAAAAACCACACCGACAAAAACAAUUACCGAAACCAGCAAAGCUUCUUCAAGUUCCAGCGAAGCCCAAGUGCAGAUUGUUACCGUGCACCUUUCAUCUUCAUCGUCAUCAGAUGAUAAAAGCACCAGACCCGUGUCUGCCGAACCUGCUGUUGUGGAAGAGGACGUGGGCCGUGUUACUCGAGCAAGGUCAAGGAAAAAGGGUCCUACAGCUCCCGAAAUCUCCCAAAAAAAUUCGAAGUAAACGACUCCUUUUAAGUGUCUGGUGAGUUCUCCUUGCUCUUUGUGAAAUCUGUUUGUGGUAAUAUGAAAAGAAAAAUGCUUCUUAUUAGAUCUCGCUGUAUCAAAUUAUCAAUGUAUAUCUUUAAAAAUUUAAGCUGUUCAAAUGUCAAGGUCUCAUUGUCUUCGUUCGUUUACCCAUGACUCUCUAGUGUUAUUUUUGUCCCUAAUUGGAAACAAUGUAGAAGUAUAGUUAUGCAGAGGUUCUUUUUUUUGUUCCAAGGAAAAGAAAAAAUUGCCAUCUAACGUGUUAAUUCUUUAAUACUGUUGAAUGCUAAUGGACGAAGAAAACGCAGUAGAUAGG